GCCUGCUGAGGGGGUCACAGUAGUGAAACAGACUUCAGCGGGGUAAGAGUUCGUCGUUCAGUGUCCAGCUCAUUUAACCGCAAGAAGCGUGUAACAAUACCUUGAAACUUCAACAGUUCCCUCACCCAAGUUUUCAACUUACAGCUUCUAAGGGUUCUUCCACUAUAACUAAGUCCACAUGACCCCAAAAGUAAUAAAAAUCCACAGUUAAAUGCGAUAAUACGGAAUUAAAAAUUCAACGGGAAUUUUUAUUAACAUCCAGAAAACUACAACGGGAGUGACAAGGUGCUUUUAUUGAAGAUAUUCUGUGUUUGUCUACUUCCAGAAAUUUUAUCAUAACUAGACCUGUAUGAUUUCAAAACAAAAAGCCAUAAACAAACCAAAGAGACUAGCAAGAAGUAUAGAAUAAAAAUUGAACGGAAAUUGUUUUAUUACCACCCAGGAAACAAUGAAGGAAGAAGUGGAAAGGCUCUCUUGAAGAAUUCGUGUGUGUACCCCCCGCCUCGACCCCUUCCUGCAGUUCCCCCCUCCCCCCACCAGGUUACAAGCAUGAUGUCGGUGUUCGGACAAGGUGGAACGAACAGGUAAAAGUGGCGUGUUUGCAAGGACUACAGCAGUUAACUGCUGUUACCUUGGUGAAGAACACUAGUGAAUUUCGUUCAUCUGACGCGUGUACCACGCGGUUCGUUUAAUACUGCAAUAACCAAAUAACUAGUGCCGGAAAAAUUAACGGGGGAAUGUUGCUGUGCUUUACUUUGAAACAUAUUAUAAACCGGAACUAUUUAAUUAUUGUAUUUUUUUAAAUCGUGCAUCUAUAUUUGAAGAUAAAAUAAUGAGCUGUUGGUUUUAAAUAAUUUCGCAUUGUCUUUUGAAAACGUAUCUGUAUCACUGAAUGGCAGUUUUUAUUUCAUCUUAUAACGUGAUAAGUGUUUAUUAUUAAUGGAUUCGUUUUACAGUUUGCGUCAAGUAACAUGUGCGAGGAUCAAAGAUAAACUGGGGACAAUAUCACAUAGAAGUGUUUCCUGUUAAUAUGUGAAUAGUUAUCUGUAUUCGCAAAUUAUCUUCAAAUCAGCGAAUCGUGUGAAAUUAUUUACUGUGUUCUUAAUCACGAUAAAACAAAACAAAAUCUGUGGAGACUUGUUUUAAAUUCUAUCGGGUAAUUUCUGUUUACACUUACGUGCUCAGUGCUGAUAUGAAAGGACAGAAUAAAAUCACGAAGGGCCGAAAACAGAAGUGAAUAACAUAGACAGCAGAAAGUCUUAACUCGAAACAGAAUUUUCUGUUCUUGAUUAAAACAAGAGAGAAGCGAACCGCGAGUUAACAUAUUUAGUUUGGGCGCGAAUGGUUAUUUUAUAAAUACGAGGCACAAAUAUGUAAAUCACAUACGUUUACUAACAGAAUAAGCUUGAAUGACAAAGCAGUUUUUGUAGUGUCUUUACACUAAUAGUAAACAACAAUAAAAUUUCCUUCUCAAAUCGCAGACCCAGGAAAAUAUAAUGCUGACAACUUUUACAGCCAGUCUUAUUCAUGCAGACAUUUAAAAUAAUACUGAAGCAUUUCAUUUUAAAGAUCUGAGUUCGAUUUUUAACCCGAUAUGAAUACGUGUGAAACUAUCGAGUCUAAGUACAGAACUCUCUAGGCUAUAAUUUCCAACUCCUUUGACAGCAACAUAAAGACGUUCAGUGCACGUUUACCAGAGAUUCUAAAACAACCGGAUUCAUACCAACUUCCAAGAAGUACCUCUCCACUUUCCCUUCAGCCACUGAAAAUGGAAACUGCUGUAGCAAGUGGCAAUCAAGUUCAAGGCGAGAACGAGAAGCUAGUUUCUGGUCCUUCCAACCUAUCGCCUCAACAGUGAAAGCGACGACAGAAAACCCAACCAAACCAAUUAAUUUCUUCUGAAUCGGCAGUGACAAGAAUUAUACAUUUGUCACUACUCCCGUUUUCACGUCUGAAGGACAACUAACGACACCUAGAUUCCCUUCAACUUAGUUGUUCACCUGGAAGUGAAUGCUAACGUCGAGGCACAGUGACCGAAAGCCACCUGUUACUAAGGUCAUACAUAUUACGUAAAGAACGUCUUAAAAGGGGUCAGGAAAAUCCGUUAAUCCACUACUCUGACUGUCCUUCAGUCCACUGAAAAGAGAAUGGUUCCAAGAACAGUGUUGACUCUGAAUUCAGUGAACUUGGAAGAGAUUACGUGUCGGGUGUUGAGGAAAUAAUACGGUGUAAAGCUUGAAUCAUCGACGGUUUUUCGAGUUAGUCUACUAACGGAUUGCUAGAGAAUAGUGUCAGUGGAACAGGACAGUCGAAGCACAGUUGAAACAUGGCUCCAGACUUGAACACAACAGAGUCAUUACUGGAGGAACUACUCCUUCGGGACUACAGCGAUUCUGGAAUCAAUGAAAGUACCAUCGCAUCCAAAGUGGCUACAGCAGGAUCAGAACUGAUUGUUGCUAAAAUUGUAGCAAUGUUGGUGCUCGGGUUAUGCUCUUUCGGCCUUGGAAUUCUGCCCGUGAAACUUGCAUCAUGGUUACAUUGGAACAAAGAACCACAAUCAACAAAGAAAUCUUCUUCGCAACAUUUUGUGAUAUCGUUGCUACUGUGUUUCGGCGGAGGAGUGCUGUUGUAUACGACCUUCUUGCAUCUGCAGCCAGAAGUCCGGGAAGCCAUGGAGGUUCUGCAAAAUAACGGAGAGCUACCAGAAUUCCGCCAUGAUCUCCACUUCGCUGAACUCGUCUUCUGCGCGGGGUUCUUCUUCGUGUACCUCGUCGAGGAACUCGUACACGCUGUUCUCGACCGUCGUCCACACGAACAUGAGGACGAAGCUGUCCUGCAUCGCACCAUGAGCCUUCGUCGUUGCUCCCGACAUCCUACACACAGUGGCGUCGAUUGUAACGGCGACAGCUCUGGAACUUUGAUACCGAGAGUCAGCCUCAAGAAUUCUUCAGCUGCUGGUAAUAAAAAUCUAAUUAACUCCGGCGACAACUUGGAUAACGUUAUCACUAACGGAAGUACCGGAAGUAGCAUGUCUGCAAGUACACAAGGCCUUCUCAACAGCUCUCUGUCGACAAUUAUGAUUUUGGACAGCGCAAAAAAUUCCCCGCUUGAUGCUGAGGCGCACAUGACAGGAGGUCCACUAACAGGGCUCAGCUCUGUCAAACAGAAUCACCACCAUCACCACGGACACGGGCAUAGCCACGCGAUUCCUUUCAAAAAUGAUGAAGAUGGUUUGUCAACAAGUAGUUCGACAGUGGCGAAAUCUUUCCGCGGACUCCUGGCGGUACUGGCACUGUCCUUCCACGCGGUUUUUGAAGGAUUGGCGGUGGGCCUUGAGUCGAGUGUCGGCAACGUGUGGUACCUAUUCGCCGCCAUCGCCACUCACAAGCUGGUCAUCGCCUUCUGUGUGGGUGUUGAAUUGAUCAGCACCAGAACAAGACUCGUGCUCAUUUUUGUUUACUUGGCCACUUUCGCUGCGGUGACGCCACUUGGUAUCGGCGUCGGAAUCGCCCUGAGCAGUGACGGCGAGGACGCAGGCACCAGCAGCACAGUGGCGACAGUGGUGCUUCAAGGCAUGGCCGCCGGCACCUUGCUGUACGUCGUGUUCUUCGAGGUGCUUCAGAGGGAACGAGCCAGCACGCAGUCUGGGAUAUGGCAGCUCAUAGCCAUCAUGGCGGGUUUCGUCGUCAUGUUUGCUCUACAGCUAGUCAAGUUCGAGGAAGCAGAACAGCUGAACUAGAUGGCGGAGAUCUGUGUUGCAGUUUCGCUGCUCAAAUCUAUGCUUCACGUGCUGACAAAUUAAAAUUCAGUGCAAAAAGGAAGCGUCCAGCACGGAUCCAGUCACGACAUUUAAGAGCGAAAUCUUGCAUUCAAGGACAAGGUGUUAGUUCAAGGGCGAUGUUCCUUUCAUGGAGAACUUUGUACCCACCCUCCACUACAGGAGCCCACUCUCAAUCCAAGUUCGUCUCACGACUGUUAUACUGAGCUUAUAGGAUAUUGAAGCCUUCACGGUGAGUGAAUGUUAUCGAAAUCUUGCAGGGUGAUCAACCGUGUAAGCACGUAGUUAUAAUCCAUCGACUUUCAUCAUCAGGAGACGUGUUCGUGAAGGCCUCAAAUCUGUCAGUCGCUACUCUAGUGUUAACACAGCUUCAAAGCGACCCACUUAGCAGCUCCCGAAAUUUAUGCAAAUCCGGCAACAUACGCGCACUAACAUUGAGUAUGCAUAAGUACAUAAAUAAGUAGGGUACAAACAUUCAGAGAGUGGAAUGAGUGGAAAGGGAGAUAAAAUAAGAUAAUGAGAAGGAAAGCGAACAAAGGACAAAGAAUAAGAUAAGGAGAAACAAAAGAAAAGAGAUUGUAAUAAGAGGGAAUGAAUGGAAGAAAGAAUAUGGAGAGAAAGGAGAAAAUACAAGAAAACAAAAUAAUUUAAUAUGAAGACAAAGAGAGGAUGAAAUAAACAAAAUGAGGGAAAAAGCAAUGAAAAACACUGAAGAAAAAUGGAGAAAGAAAAACGGCCUAACAGAACACAGAAACAGCUGACUAAUUAUUUGACGUGACUUGUUAAGCAACGCUCCAGUUGCGACUGAAUAAUGUAGCCCCUGCGUUCUAAAACUCAGUACCCGCAACGCAUUCCGAAAUAAAACAAGCAACGUCAGAACAGUCGUUGCGGGAUGACAACAAUGGGAGGUCCCUCCCCCCUCCCCUCCCACUUACUGCACGUGGCUUGGUAACAUCAGAGAUAAGGCAUGUCCUGAAAGGUAACAAAGAUUAGCCAAGCGACUUAUUUGUUGCGUGCAUGUGACUCAACUCUGCGGUGUAGCGGUUAGCAUUCCUGAAACCAAGUCUUCAUGACGUUCUACGGUACACAUCAUCGGAUUGGCAGCUGCCUGCAUCAUAGUUAGGUAUAAAAAUUCCAACGACCUGUGGUGAAGACUGCUUAUUUUCUGUUGCGGUCGAGUGGUUAGCACUCCCUUUUAAUAUUCAGGGCCAAUAAUAAUAAUAAUAAGAUGGGUGAAAUAAGUAGUAUACGUUCAGCAGCAGAAAUAUACAUAAAAUUAUCUCCUGAAUGGGCGAAAAACUGGGGAGCCCAAGGUGCAAAUGGAAGGAUAAUAUUAAAAUGGCUGUUAAAUGAAUAUUAUGUGUGAGGACUAGAUUCAUCUGGCUCAGGAUAGGGUCCAAUGGCGGCCUUUUGUGAAAAAGAUAAGGAACCAUCAGGAUAAAAUAAGAGAAAUGUUUUGAUAAGCUAAGCGAAUCUUAGCUUCUCAGGAAGGACUCUGCUCCAUCAGUUAACAAUUAAUGAAGACUUUUACAGAUAUUUUAAUCAGUACUGAAGAUGGAGAGAUUAUGUUCCUCGAAAACUAGUGUCUUCCUACAAGUCCACACGGCGCUACAACCUAGAAGACCAAGGCUGUCGUGAGAGAGAACCUCAGAUCUCAUAUAGUGGCAGCCUACACCUCUCAACUACAUCACAAACCUGCUCCUUGAAGGACUUCAAGUCUUCGCGCUGCAGACAGAAAUAUUCCAGUCUCCGGUACUGGAAAGCGAUCCACCGAGGAAGGAACACGAGAAGCGGAUAAUACAUUACGGUGCUAAAGAACGAACACAACGGCCGUCCCAGACUGCAAUGUUGUAGAAACGUGGAAGGCGACCACCUUUAAUACCGACUUUUAAAUAAAAAUUAUGAGAUGAAAAGUAAUUUAAUGGAAUGUAAAACCGUAAGGAAGAACGAAGUUUCGAUAAAUUGUCAUUUAUCGUGGCCCGCGAGUCAGUUAGAAACUGUCACGUGCCCCCCAGGUCUUCUUAUAAGGUUGAGUAACUGAAGUGUAGAACUGGAUCCACCGAUUAUGGCCGCUGACUUGUAGGGAGUUUGGUCACGCUUUGUAGAUUUUCCUCACGUAUCGACACAUUUGGUCAUCCUUUGUCACGACUUC